UACUGUAAACCGCGCGGUCGUACAGAACGGACUGACGUUUCCCGGUGUCUCGACCCGACACAAGUUGUCGCGCGUAAAACUUGUCGCGACACUACAUUUCGGUCAAAACUUGUCGAUAAAUCUAGUAUAAUAAUUUUGAAAAAACAUUUUUUUUUUGAAAGUGCAAAAAAUCACCGCGACAUGUAUUAGUCGCAACACGCGGAUGUCAUCCGAUCACAAUGCGACUUAGUCGCAGGUCGCACGCGACACGCGACAACCAUAGGCGACACAAGCGACGCGCGACACGACUGCGACGCGACAACAUCGGGUGGUGCGACGACAAAAAAACUAAUACUGAAGACGAGGAGGGUCCACCUCGGUUGCAACUGUUUUUGUUACCCUAGUGAAAUUUUUGGAAAAUUCGAAACAAUUUCCUUUGUAAAUUUGAUGGAUAAUCGUCUAAUUUCAUGGGUUGAACCCUAAAAUAAAUACGUAAAAAAUAUAUAGUUCAUAUAAAACGAUUGUGUGAAAUAUACAGUUCAUAAAAAUCGAUUUUGUAAUCAGUUGAAGUAAAUUUUCGAUUUUGUAAUCAGUUGAAGUAAAUUUUCGAAAAUUGUGUUAAGUGUGGAAGGAACUGUUCUGGGACAAAUUUUGCUGUCUCCAACAAGUGGAUGUUGUCAACGAGACACCAAAGGAUACAAUUUUUUGACCCAGGAGAAGCAGAAAAAAAUUCAAGAUGCCAGACAUACAGAUAAAGCUGACUUUAUUUUGCAUUGUCCUACUGAGUGCAAAUACGGUAUGCGAGUAUGUGCUGGAGGAUCUCAUUGCUAUGGAAGAUAACCAGCGGGCCAUACAUAAUAUAGGCGACGACUCACGAGAUGGCGUCGAACAUCGACAACUAAUACGAACGGUGCGACAAAAAAAGACCGACAACGAAGUUGGUGAAAAGCAAACAUCCGACAAGGACAAGCCGAAAGAGAACAACGAUGACGAUGAGGAAAAGAAAACACUCGCUCAACAGGUGGCUGACGGAAAAUACGGCUUGAUACAAACUGAGAUUUUCUCCGAUAAACCUGAGAGACCAGGGAUCAUCAGUUACGAGGUGAACCCUGAGGUGCCCAAGGACAAUGUCAACAAUUUAGGGGGGCUGAAAGCUGAGGAGAUCUGGUUGGCUGAGAACCAUUUGUUGGUGCUGGGAGGGGGAGGGUUUGGAGCUGAAGGUAGGGGGAAACCAGUGUGGCCACCUAUCGACAACUAUGUGGCUCCUGAGAGGCAGGUCAAGAUACCACCAAACCCAAAAGUGCCACCUCCGUUCCCCGUACAGUUGAGACCAGGGGGACCGAUAGAGUUCCUAAGAGGGGAGAACGGCACAGGGGGACCACCACCGUUCCCACCAUUCCCCGGUUUUUUCCCUCCCGGGAAUUUUUCUGGAAUACCUCCGCCGUUUUUCCCGCCACCGGGAAACUUCAGCCUGGGGAACGGGGGGGCUCCCGGCCCCUACGGAGGACAGUUGCCUCCGUUCCCCUUUCCCCCUCAACUACCACCCGGGGGCAGUUUCAACGGAUCGUUUAUUCCACCGCCGCCACAGUUUCUGCCGCCUCCGGGAGGACCCGGGGGCUUCCCCCCCAACCAGUCGUUGCCCUUCGACGAGGACGACCCCUCCAUCUACUACCCCCCGCCCUACGACUUCGUCUAUCCGCGGGACAACUCUUCGCAUGUGCCGGCCGGCCCACUGGUUCCUGGCAUCGUACUUCCGCCGCCUCCGGAUUUCUUCGCGCCCUUGAACGAGAAGCCUGCCCGCCAGCGAAGACCGCCCCCGGCAAAACCCACCCCCACAAAGCCACCGCGGCCCACGAAAAAGCCUCCCGAAAAAUACAACUACGCUACCCCAGCACGUGGCUCAACAGCCUCCAAACCUACAAAAAGGCCAUCAGUGCAAAUUAUCACUGAGGAACCGCAACAGCACAUCAACGAGGUCACGCCCUUCCCCCACUCUCUCCCACCCAACGCUGUUGUCCAAGGGUGGCUACCGAUCCCCGCCCCCCGACCCUUCUACAUCACACGCCCCCGAGGCAGCAAACAACCCUACAACAAGGAACUGGAAAACACAACACCGGCAGUUGCCAUCAAAGAACGACGUCCAACCUCCUCACAAAUCUACAGUGAUGAUGGCUACUAUUAUGAAAAACCCAAAUCUCGUCCCCACACCCUACCUAAAGAAAACCCAUCCUACAACCCAACAAAACUAGUCAAUGUUGAUCCAGCCUACAACUACAAUCCCAACCCCAUCUACAUCACAUCAACCAUCCCUCCUCCACCACAAGUGCCAUACCAGAACACACCUCAACCACAAAACGGAAAAGCUUUGAAGACAUUCUACUUCUAUGAAGAGCCUCACGACAUAUCCACUACAACUGUUCGACCGCCAGUGCAGGCCAACUACUACAGCACACCUGUCCCUCAGAGUGGGUACUAUCUACCAGCACAGGAACAACCUAGAUAUGUGCAGAACAAAUAUGAACUACCACCACUCAGAGCAAGUACACGGGCUCCACCAGUCAACUACUUCUACAUCACUGAGGCUCCACCCAGGGCAGCAGUCACAACUUCAAGCAGAAAACCACCUAUAUACGAGUACAGCUACACUGCACCAGGGUAUGGCACCAUUGAUGCACCCAAGGUGGGCACGCCCACACCUCUGGGCAUUAGUCAUGCAUCAAUCAACAACCAGAUCCCAGAUGAUGGCAGCUACAACUACUAUGAUGAUUACUUGGACCAAACCACACCCAGGACACCAGUUGUCUCCAAGCACCGCUACAACCAGGACAACCUCAACCUGGUCAAGAACAACCUCAUCUACACCACUGAACGACCAAUCUACAGGGCCCCCUCGACCAAGGCACCUCCCAGGGGGUAUGUGUACACCACCACACAACGCCCCAUACUAUCCACCACUGCUGCUCCAUACUCAGCCGACCACCAAACACAGAACCCAUACUAUGCAUUCUUCACCCACCAUGAUGCAGGACUCAUAGAUGACAUCACCAAGAAGUACUUCACAAUAUUCGGACAGAAACUGAACAACCCAAGCACUACCCCUCUGACACCUACUGAGAAUUCCUAUGAGACUGCCACACGUAAACCUGUAGUGUACAACAGGGUGGUGACAUCAACACCCCCACCACAACGCCUCCAAGAAUACUACUACUCAUCACAACCUCCCCCAGCCUACUACGACUAUGACUAUUAUGACAGUGUGGAGCAGAUCAACAGAAACAACCAGGGAAACAUAUACUCUUCCAAGAAAUCUCAAUACUACGACAGAUCCAGUCCCCAAUCACAAUCUGCAAGACCACCCUCACUGGAGCAUGACAUUGAUGUCAACUACAAAACCCAGAACCUGCAGAUUGAGGCAGAUGCAGAGAUGAUCGACCCUCAGAAGGAUGUCAGGAUAGACCCCUUGAGACAAAGGGCAGAACAACUCCAACUGAGACCAUCCCCCAUUGGAUCAUCGCUCAUCUCCUACAGUUUGCCCGGGAAUGGUGGGGGACAUUUCUACUUCCUGACCCCACAAUCUAUCCAGGACGAAGCAGAUGCCAACGCGUAUGCUGCCUACAGUCAACAACAGCAGUUGGGGCCUCUCUAUUACAACAAGAGGAACACACAACGUCAACAGCGCCAGCAACCUGUAUCUUCAUCUAGUGGUAACUCCCAGUCAUCUUCUUCCACACGAAAUAGUAGGAGACAAAACAAACAAAGACAGUAUAAUCGACAAAGUGCAGAGGCAACAUGAUAGAUGGUGGCACUUAUUAGGAAUUGUGUAAUCACAGACUGUUAUUUUAAUUUAUGGAAGAUUUUUGGACACAUCAAUUGAGUCCAUUCAAACAGAAUACUGGAGACACAAUGUAUCUAAGUUAGUCCAGGUUCUUCAAACAGAUAGCAACCAAACAGUAAUAGAUGAAGAACAAAGCCAACAAAUUUUGACAGAUCAUAAAAUUGCAAAUAGAAUAUUCAAAUUAGUAUGAUACUCAAUUCAGGAGUUGAACCCUUACAAGAAACUAAUCGAGAUAUUUUAUUUUCUAUUUAUUUAUUCAUAUGGCUUUUAUCGGCAGAGAGAUCCAUUUGGAUGUUCUGCCUUGCCGUAUUACCCAAUGUCAUUUCCUAUCAACACUCAACUUGAUAGGUUAUGUAUUUGGUUCUUCAUGUUUUCUCACUAAAAAUUUUCACUUUCACUUCCUGAGUUUCUGGAUAUUGAACCGAUACAACUAAAUAUUUUGUAGUACACAAUUAUUGCAUAGAAAUCUUUUCCAAAAUAAUUGAUUGUGGAAAAUUUGAUCAUAUUUUGUAAGAGCCUGGACUCAAUUGUUUCUGUUUGGACGCAUUUAAUUGAUAGUUUUCUAUUUAUUGAACUAAAAUGAAUUCAAUGAUACAUGAACUGGUUUUGAGAAUAAAUUAAUUUCAUUAAAAUGAAAUGUUACAGUGAUUUAACGAGCCUACAAAACAAUAUGAUGAGCGAAAUAAUAUACUCUUUUCCCCCUUUUUGUGUAGUUGAAAAGUUGCUUAUCAGAGAUUGACAAUGGUGUAACAACCGAAACCGGUCUUUCUAACUAUCAAUAAAUCUGUGGUUUCUUCAACAAUUUCUUAGUCUUUUAUUUAAUUUAAAAUAGUGUAAUAUUGAAUGGAUGCUUAAUGAAACAGCUUUCAAGAUGUUUGCAAUCAAAUACUUGGACAAAAGUACCCUCAUAUAAAUUUAUUGUUGUAACGUUAUUUCAAAAUGAUAUAUAAACUACAGAACUGUUUGUAAUUCAAUUCAUUUUGACUAAUGGAUAACUUAAUUGGGAUAAAUAUUAUCUUUUAACAAUAAAUUUUGAUAGCAAUAAAAUAAUAUGCAUCUAUUUAUGCAUUGCUUAUACCCAUCCACAGUAAACAAAAGAUUAUUAAUAGGAAAUGAUAGAUUCAAUUAUAUAUCAAUGCAUAACAAUAUUUAUUGGAGAAUUAUUCAGCUAAUUCAAUACCAAAAUUGCAUAAGAGCAGGAAUGUUCAGCAUGGAUAGUUGAAGAAAAAGUAUAAUUCCAUUGUCGAUUUAAACUUGAUUAGAAAGUAACUACCAAGGAAAACAAUUAUUGAAUUCCGAAGAGAGUAAACAAUUAUUUUGAAACAGGAGAAAGCAUCCAACUUUUACUGAAUAACUGCAACAUUUUCAAAUCAACUCCCAUAAAAAUUGCAAAUUCUCCAACGAUUCCAUACCACAAAAUGUAUAACUCCAGUGAAAAAUAUCAUGUGAAGAGAUAAAAUAUGACAACAAUUCUCAACUGAUAAAACUUGAAUAAUUUGCUCAAACUAUGCUAUACUUGCCAGGUUCCAUAAAAUAUCUUACAUUACAGUAUUUAUUGAAAAUAUAAUUAGUGGAAUAAAGUUUACAAUUUUGUCUCGUUUUGUGAAUUUUGUGUGCGAAGACUGAUUAUUCCGGGAGUGAAAAAAAAUUGAAAACAAACGUCGAAAAAACUGUGAUAAUAUUUACGAAAAUUGAAAAUACUUAGAUUAAUUAAAUUGUAAAUUUGUUGCAAUGUGGCGUUCAAUGUUAAUUAGUGAAGUGACUUGGUGCUGAGAAAGUGGAGUAAACUAUUUAAAAUAUUAGAAAAAACUAUAAAAAAGUGUCAUCAGACAAACAAAUCAAGUGUAUACAGUGAUUUAAAUGUUCUGGUGUUACCAAACUUGAAAUACGAUUACUUAGCCAUUCAUUAAAAGUAAGGUUUACGUUUGUACGAGAUUCUACGUCACUGAUUAUUAUUCAUCAACAAUUCAUGUCAAAAAUACUUUCCAUAACUGGUUUUUGCACAAUAGAUGUCAGCCGUUUUAACCUGUUUCAAAUAUUUUGGCAUUUUUUUAUAGGAAUUUCAUCUGUUAAGAAACUUCGUUAACAAUCUCUAUGAUCUUGACUGAUUUCUAAACAUUCUUAUCAAUAUGCAUGGAAAUAUUCAAAAUAUUCAGUUGUAGUUUUCUGAAUGAUUAGAUAGAGAACCAAUUCCAUUAUACUCAAAAAGCAUCUUCGAAUUCAUAUUGAUAAUCCAGUCAAAAACCGUCAAUUUUCAAUUGGAAUUUCCAAUUCCUACAGAAGCGAAGAACAAAUCAAAAUUCAUAAAAUUCCAAUCGAAGAACAAUAAUUUAAUGAUACAUUUAAAAUGUGGAAUCUCGUACAAAAAUGAUAAUUAGUACUAUAUUAGUUAGUAGUAUUUAUGAUAAUGUUGUAAUUACUGUACUAAAUUAUAUAUAAUUAAAAUUUGAAUGAUUGAAAAUUGCAUGGGGAGGAAUAUUCAAGAUCUAAAUGAACAAAAAACUUGUUACUAGUUGUCUAUCACUUCCAAUUUUUCUUCUACCGAAUGAUUAAAAUGUGAGAAACUGUAAGAAAUCAAUAGAAAUGUGAAUACAUAGGUUGAAUGAAAGAGUGAUUUGAAUUUAUUUGAUUUAGUUAGUCACUAUUGGUUCUAUUUCGUUUUCGACACUAAUUCAGGGUUGAUCUAACCAUGAUCAAUUUUAAUCUUAGGUCAAGUUGGCAUUGGUAUGAUUAUCUGAUGUCGGACAGUUGAUUAUCUGAUAUCUGAUGUCGGACAGUUGAGCCCGAUUGGUCAAAAACCCAGUAUAGCAAAUCAUCACUAAAUAAGAUUGAAAUUAAAGAAGACCCACAAUAAAUUAGAUCAAAUGAGGAAAAAAAAAGCGUACUGGAUACAUUAAUAUACAAGCUAAUAGUACUUCAAAUAAGUUAGUCAGCUGGUACUUGACAAGACAUGAAAAAAUUGUUGAAUCAAUUUUUCUGAUGACAUCAAUUAUUACAAUAAUUCAACUAAACUUCAAUUGAAACGUUCAAUCAAUUAGAAGAAAUGAGACAAAAAUUAGCGUACUGAACACAUUAAUAAACAAGCUAAUAGUACUUCAAGUAAGUUAGUCAGCUAAUACUUGACAAGACAUGAAAAAAUCGUUGGAUAAUUUUUUCUGAUGACAGCUUAACAUCAAUUACAAUAAUUCUACUCAACUUUAAUUGAAACAUUUAGAAAUUACUAGUACUUUGCUUGUGACUAUCUUAAUACUCGCUUGUUUGAAUCAAUUAGAAGAAAAGUGCGUCCUCACUUUCACUAGGUCUCUUUACUACUCGACUAGAUAGUGUGUGAAAAGCAUUCAAGAAAACGAAAGCUAAUCUAGUAAGCAGAGGAUGAGAAAAGUUAUUAUCUCCGAAAGCCAUACCAUCUAUUAUACUAAAUGAGUAGGUUGAUUUAGGCAGUAAAAAGCAGCGGUGUUUUGAAGGCCAUUUUUAACAGUGCUGUUAAACUGUCUGCUCCUAAAUUGAAUGAAAUUAAUUCAGGUAAAAUACUUGUCGAGGAAGUAAAUGAGGAUUAAGUUCGAAGAAAGUUUUAUCAAGAUUAAAUUGAAAAGUUUUUGGGUGAAUUAUUAAAUUGAGAAAACUACUUAUUUCAUAAAUGAAGAUCAAGUUUAAAGAAAGUUUUAUAAAGAUUAAAUUGAAAAGUUUUUGGGUGAUUUCUUAAAUUGGGAAAACUUAAUUCAAACUGAAUAAAUGCUUAUUAGUUUUAAAAUAAUUAUCAAAUUCAUUUUAAUUUGAAAAGCUGUGUAAAUUCAUUGUAGUAGUCUAUUGUGUUUAAAUAAUUCAAUUAAGCACUAAGUACUAAAUUUGUACUUGAUAGAAUGUGCAUAUUGUGAAAAAGAUAAUUAGUGUGGAGAAAUCUUGGGUUAAUAUGUGAAUGUUACACAUUAAAAAUGUGUAAAAAUACAUAUUUAAAAGUGUGUAGAUGUGAAAUUUUGAAACGUUAUUUCUUGUAUAAAUACUAUGUAAUAAUGUACGUAAUCUAUUGUAAAAUAAUGUAUUUUCAGAAUUAAACCAGCAUCAACCUUCA